AUGGCAGCAAUGACAGCGACAGCUUACCAUCAUUACUCACCAUUUGGUAGUACUCCACUUACAAUGGAAGAUUACAUGUCCGGGAUAUCAUGUGCCUUACUGGAUGUCGAGGAAAUGUUGUUGCAGCAACGUGGAGCCAGAGAGGCUCCAUUUCCUGGAAUGGACAAAAGUGGUCGUGGUGUAUGUAUACGUAAUGAACAGGGUACAUGUACAAUGGGAGCUGUUUGCCCAUUGAGGCAUAUUGCUGUGGUUUGUAAACACUGGUUACGUGGACUAUGUAAAAAAGGCGACCAAUGCGAAUUCUUGCAUGAAUACGAUUUAAUGGCUUGCAGUAAUCGUGAGUGUCCUUUUCGACAUAUUGAUCCCGAAAGUAAAAUCAAAGAUUGUCCGUGGUACGAUCGUGGAUUCUGUCGACAUGGCCCGUUUUGUAAGCAUCGACAUCGCCGACGUGUCCUUUGUCCUAAUUAUUUGGCAGGCUUUUGUCCAGACGGAGGGGAUUGUAAAUAUGCUCAUCCUUCUUUCAAUAUUCCACCUGUAGACACGACUCAAAUUCUUCGAGCACGAGGACAAUAUAACAUUGGAAUAGUAUGUCACAAUUGUCAUGAAAGAGGCCACAAGGCGACAUACUGUCCUCAUUUACCUACUCAAACGCAAUUACCGUUGUUAGAUUCAUCGAAAGUGAAUGCGCAGAUAUCACAAGAAUUGGUAGCUCUUUCCGAGAAAAAAGCGCUUUCAGAUUGUGGUGAAAAAGGUCAUUACGCAAAUCGAUGCCAUAAAGGAUUGUUGGCAUUCCUGUCAAACACGGCAUAUCUUGCUCACGAACAACGAGAAAAAGAUGAAAAAGAAGCCAAGGGAAACGGUCAACAAUUUGGAAUUGUGGCGAAGUGUCAGCAGUCACCGCAACCGAAUGUAUCAAAUUCAACUAGUAAAUCUGGUGAAAUGCUGCGUUAA